AUGCAUGGAGUUUUUCCGAAUGUAUUAACCAGCACACAAAAAGCAUAUUUAGAAUCCAUAUUCAAUGAAGUCAUGUUUAUUGAUAAUUAUGCAGAAACGAUUAAAGAAACGCUCUAUGAAUUAUGUGAAACAAAUCAAUAUACAAGAAUCAUUGCUCCGCGAGAAACUGAUUUAUUAUUAGCUGCCGAAUUGCGAGAAAAAUAUGGAAUUGACGGCCAAACAUGGCAAAGCGCUCUGUGUUUUCGUGAUAAAGCUUUAAUGAAAAGUAUAUUAGAAACAUCGAAAAUACGCGUUCCAAAAUUUACAUUAAUUCGAAGUCGUGAAGAUAUCGACGAUUAUCUGACAAAAACGAAUCAUACCUAUCCUGUAGUUAUAAAACCAACGUUAAUGUCUGGUUCAAGGAAUGUAACCAUUAUCAAAUCGUACAAUGAAAUUCUUGAAUGGCUAAUGAAACACGAUUUCGAUAGUAUUGAUUGGGAAAUCGAAGAGUAUAUCGAAGGUGAUUUUUUCCACAUUGAUGGAUUGAUUCAAAAUGGCGAUAUUAUUGCAAUAUGGCCGUCGAAAUAUGUAAUACCGUGUGCUGAAAUAUCCUACGAUAAAUUAGAUUGCUCUUACAUUAUUCCAGACAAUCAUGUAUUAUUGCAACCAUUGUGUUUAAUUACUGAAAAAGUUGUCAAAGAAUUACAACUCUAUUCACAAUACAAACUAUGUUCGGCUUUUCAUAUGGAACUCUUUUAUAGCAACAAUCAAGAAAUUGUAUUUUGUGAAGUAGCAAGUCGUGUUGGAGGUUGUAGAAUACAUGAAAAUUGGAGUAGAGCCUUUGAUAUUGAUCUCUACGAACAACACGUGAAUAUGUUACUGGGUCAAGCCAUACACAUACAGCAACCUAUUCGACCCAAGUUAUUGGUGGGUACAUUGCGAAUCCCGUCGAAAUUGGGCACAAUAAUCAGAAUACCUGCUGCGCUGUGUGACAAUCUAAAGGGUGUCGAUGGAUAUAUUUGUUAUAAAACUACUGGGAAUAUCGUUGAUUUGAGAACAUCGGACGGAUUUUGGAUAAAUCUUGUGUUUAGUUUUAUCACUGGAGAAGAUGAAAAUGACUUAUUGACAAAUUUAGAAAACUUUAAAAAGUGGUUUUACGACAAUACAUUAAUUGUAUGA